GCCGACAUCAACUACAACAUGCAGGAUGAUGCGGGUUCAUUCUACGGCGUGACAAGUGUGUAUGAGAGCAGUGAGAACGUCACAAUAACGUGCUCAACAAAAGUAUGCAGCUUCGGCAAGCAGGUUGUCGAGAAGGUGGAGACAGAGUACUCACGCUUUGAGAAUGGCCGCUUUGUUUUCCGCAUCCACCGAUCGCCAAUGUGCGAGUACAUGAUCAACUUCAUCCACAAGCUGAAGCACCUGCCUGAGAAGUACAUGAUGAACAGCGUGCUUGAAAACUUCACCAUCCUACAGGUUGUUACGAAUCGGGACACACAGGAAACUCUUCUGUGCAUAGCGUACGUGUUUGAAGUGUCAACAAGCGACCAUGGAGCCCAGCACCACAUCUACCGGCUAGUGAAAGACUAACUAUCCAUGAUAUCCACCACAUCUACUGGCUGGUAAAGAACUAACCAUCUGUGGUGCCAGAAAACACCUUAAUCAAUCAUGAAAAGUUCCAUUUCGAGGCACAGAGCUAUGAAAUCAGUGUAGCCCGAAUUGGGGUGGUUCUAUGUCAAAAAGUGUUGCCAUGUGGAAAAGUCAUGACAUUGUUGCUAUGUUCAGGCAUUAUAUUGCAGGCAAUAUUUGUAUGUCACAAUGCAAGGCUUGUGUCAAGCUGAGAAACUGCAAUGACCACGAGCACAAGUCACAUGCUCAGUCAUCACGAUGCUGUGGCCAUGUUUGGUCUAGCACGUUGUAUUGACAUUUUAAACCCGCAUGGCGCGAGUUGAUCUCUGCAGCUGUGCGUGGACUUGACAAUGUGAAAUGCUGUCGCGUUUACUAGUUGACUGAUGCUUUCUGCAGUUCGACCAAUGGCAGCUUUGACUGACUAUACUAGAUAUAACAAAAGUUCAGAAGCUCUUCCCUGGGUCGGAAGAGCUGCCUUCUUGUACGAAGGAAAAGUUGGUGGGUGCAGAGUGCUCCCAUCUGAGUGCCCAUUAUCCUACUAUGUAAGGUACUGGUUCACUCAGUGGUACGUGUACAAAGUUCUGUUUAUAUGAUUGGCUAAGGGGAGCCACUGUCUACCGUUGCAUGUGCCUUCGUGUGUGAAAUCGGUGUUCUUUAUCCCUUUUGCAUAUUCAGGACGUUCCAUACACGCGUAAGCCAGCAGUUUCUGUUGUUCCACACUGGUGUUCACACAGUGUUCAUUUCAGUAUUAUUGUGAAAUAUGUGUGCAGACGUGCAUGGCAUGUGUUGUAUAAUGUAGCAUUUCUGUAUGUAGUAAUACAAAACCAUUCAGAGAGCAGCUAUAUCACGGGUGCGCCUGUGUGCAGGUUCUUCUGUGAAUUUCCCCCAAUCUGUGUCAUGCAAGGAAAGCAGUGCAAAACAGCACGUGCUCAUAUUACGUGCAUUAGUUACAUUAUAUUAUUGUUGUUUUCAUUAUUAUUGUUGUUGUUGUUACAAAUCAGAGUGCAACACUCUUCAUGUGGGUGGUGGAUUUCCGAAUCCGCACAUGGAGUGGGAGGCAGCUGUCUCCAGAUUUAGGUUGUCCUCAACAUGCAUUCAAGGGUUUCAGCUGUGGCAUGCUAUGACAAGACUUUCACUUGUGUGCCAAUUACCGUCACGAGUUUGGCAUACAAGGGAACCUUGUGCUUUCCAGCAUAUCUAUUCAUAUCAGCCAAAACAUAUCUGCAAACGUGCUGCCAACUUCAGGAUAUUUUUUUACAUUUACUGAGUAUAAAAUCGCUGUCUUUUCUACUUUUCUACAGAAAGUGUUGAUUGUGCAUCAUAAACCUAUUUUUCAUAAGAAAGAGAUUUUUGCCAUUGGCAUGUUGCAAGUCCAUUUGUGUGAGAACUCACAUUCAAGUGCAUCGUUUCAUUUUUUACUGGUAACUAGGUGCAAUACUACUUAGAAUCAAGAUCGAACAUAUAGUUUCUAUGUAGUACUGUUUUGCACCAUUCUGCAGAGCAACCGAGCUUCAUUGAUGCAUAAUAUGAUCUUAGCAUAUCCAGGGCCAUAGCUAGGGAGGGUGUCAAGGAGGGGCGUUCAUUUUCUCCCCCCAAAAGGAAGAUGGUCAAUGGGGAAUUGUCCAUGGUCACAAGCACUUGUAACGUUUCAAUAAUAAGGCGUAAUAAAGUAGGUAAAGUGGUAAAUAAACACAAAAUGUAUUUACUACCAAUGUCUUACUGUCUUAAUGUUUCUCUACACUCUUGCGCCUGUUAUUAGUAAUGACUUUCUGUAAAUGCCAUUGAAAUGCGCCUCCUCAUUAUCAACACGCAAGUACAUGGCACGAACGCCAUACAUUCAAGCCGGACAUUCGUGUGGUGUGCUUGUGUGUUGCAGAACCACCAUGCAACAGUGCAUGUGUUACAGAAAGUUAUUGCUAAUAAUAGUCGAAAGAGAGUAGAGAAACAGACUUUGGUAGUAAAAACAUUUCGUGUUUAUUUACCAUCAUGUUAUUAUUGAAACGUUCCGAGUGCCUGUGGCCAUGGUCAGCUGCCCAGAACACGUACAGCCCGCACGUUGCUUUGCCCCUCCCCCAUGCAAAAUAGGUUAGCUACACAUCUGAUAUCACACAUGACUUGUUAAAUGUACUAAACAGCGUAUCUGGGCAACUAGCCCCUGGACAACUACCACCCGUACAACUGCCACCCGGACAACUACCACCCAGACAACUACCACCUGGGCGGCUACCCCCUAGGACAAUUACCACCCGGACAACCACCACCCGCACAACUACCAGAGGACCGAUUUUUACAUUUUUUGUUUAAAAAGUUAUUGCCAGAAAAGUUAUCUGAAGAAAAAAAGUCGCUAUAAUGGAUUAAUGACGUACUUCAAGUUUUCAUAAACAUUCUAAAUUUCUUUUUAUAUAUUUUCAUAGAUCUUCCUCUAGUGUGAAAUUUCACGAAUUUCCAAUUGUCUCCCAAAAUGACCCUUGAAAAUAUUCAAAAAUUAUUGUUUCAAUUGGAAAUGAGUGAAAAUUAGGUUAGUAAAUUGUUCGUAGUGGUAAGUGUCUGGGUGGUAAUUGAUCCUUUGGUAGUUGUCCGGGUGGUAAUUGCCUGGGUGGUAAUUGCCCGGGUGGUAAUUGUCUUAGAAGGGUGAUUGUCCUAUAGGGAGUAGUUGUCCGGGUGGUAAUUGUCCAGGGGGUAGUUGUCCUAGAAUCCUAAACCAGUGGUAUGUAUAUAACACAACAUAAAUUUUCGUGGUCCCAAAGCAGGCACGAAUUGCAAAAAGGUCUGUAAUAGGGCAUGUGUUGGCGCAAACGUGUUUAUAUUUGUGUACAUGGUGCAAGGUACGUUCUUGUGUUUCUGCUUUGCUAAGCAGUGAGCCUGACAAGCAGUGCAAACACAGUAGAUUGUGUACAUCAUAGUGCUUGCCGCCAAAUCUCAGAGAUGCAGUAUUCUGUGUUAUUUAAAAAAAACAGACUGGGUAUUGAAUGUGUUGGAGAAGUAAAUAUUUCAAGGGGUAUGUAAGUAAUGUGUGGUCUCUCAUACAUUCACACGUGCAUUCAUACGUGCAUACGUGUGUUUGAGUAGUUGCGCCUGCAAGCAUCUGCGCGAAUGAACAAAAUACAAAAUAGAGUAGACUUGCUGUAGAAUGGUGUGUAAGCCAUUGCUGGUCACAGCUGCCUAGUUAUGGUCACGACGGUCCAUGGGCUGAGGUUACUAUUGGUAAAAGUAGGUGUAAAAGACAAUAGGUAGAACUAAUGUGGCAAUGUGAGCCAGUGAACAACGUUGACCGUCUUACACCAAAGUAACGAUCAUCAUUUCACUCGGAUUUUUAGGAGUUCUGUCCACCACAACCUCUCAGUGUGAGAUCAGUCUAAAUUGUUUAUAAAUCGUGGAGAGAUGGAGCUGUAGGUAGGAUAGAAUUAUGACCCGGAACUUAGUCCAAGGCCAUCAGAAGGCCCAGGUCUGUUAUGCUGUAAGCCAGCAUGGUUAAUAUGUGGCUGGUAAUCUUCAACGUUUGUAUUAGUGCGUUAGUGUUCAAGUUCUUCCAAAAUAUGGAACAUGGCUCAAAAUCCAUUCAAGCCUUUGUUUGUUGUGCAUUUUUGUCAAUCCGUCGUUAAACUGUGUAGUAGUAUUUAUUAAAGCUCUUGCACUAAGUUCUCCCACCACCAACUUCCGUUUCCUAACAGUAUCAGACGAAUUUUCCUGGUGCUUACACGGAACCUCCGUUUAGUUGGUUUAGCUGACUAUUUUACACCCACAGGAGUGAUGUCCUCAUAAGGUUGUGGGGGAUUCAAUGUCAAGUUCGACGUCGAUUCUAUUGUUUCUCGAGUGAUAACCUAGGAUUUAUAAACUUGCAUUCAGAAAAUAGUUAUAGGGGAUUUCUGUGCACAUGAAAAAUGAAAGGUUUCCGUGCCAUAUUGGUACCGUCUAUUCACAGCCAUGCUUACACCUAGCAGUACCUGGUGGAAUGAAGAUAUUCAUAAGAUAUGCUCACUCGUACAUUUCGAAAUGUAGGCGUGUGCACUGCUAAGACAAUCAAAUAUGUAUGUUAAUGCUUUUCUAUCAUGGUGUGUAUGGAUCAGGUGGGGUAGUUACAUGAUUGCACAGCUUAGGUGCUAGCACAACCCGUACCACUAUCAAUAUAAUAUAGGGAGUGUCACCCCCCCCCCCAGUUUCUCUUCCCCUCUCUUCCAUGGCAUCUUUCAGAUUCGUAGUCAUAUAUAGGUGUCUCCUCGACACUGGCCCAACUAACUUCAGCGUUCACUUUAUUAAAUUGAGUGUCAUAGCGUACCGGUACUAGAGUAAGUAUUAUUUGAUUCUUCCCACAAAGAAGUCAAAAAGAAUUCUUCCCAUGCACAUUGCCUGUUACAGAACUACAUUUAAAAUGCAAUGGUUGCAACUUGUUAUGUAAUGUCAAUGCGCGUCGGGCAGGGAAGAGAAAUAUUAAUACGCAGUCUUGUAAGAUCUCAAGUGAUGGCAGCAUAGCAUAUUCCACAGAUGCUCGAUUUUUAAAAAUUGUGUAACUGGUUUGUGGGAAAACUUUCGUUUGCAGUUACCGCUUGUUAGCAAAUAGCUUGCAUCAACUAUCCAAGUUGGCUCUGGUUAUGAUUUUCAACUGUGAAUGUGUUGUGAUAUUAAUUGUGCCUUUAUUGUCAUUAACAGAAUCGUUACGGUGUUAAAUA